UCUUCUGUGCUGUGCUGUGCUGCUGCGCGCUGCUGAGAUCGCGUGUCUGCGGCGGUGAGACUCGCGGCCCAGCCCUGCCCUCCGCAUCUCUUCUGCGAAGCGUUAACCGCAGCGCAAAGCUUUAACGGCGGCUCUUGGUUAAACGCCAGGCAGUGUCACGCCUCCCGUGGAAGCUGCGCGCCGCUAUGGGCGUCACUUCUGGGUCCGGUGCUGCUGGAGCGCUAUCAGCUGAGCCUGAAAAUACAGUGAAGCCUGAUGCAGGCAGAAGAGUCUCUAAGAAGCUGGACAAUCUGAAAUAGGAACCAUGUCUAUUAUGGAUCACAGCCCCACCACAGGAGUGGUGACUGUUAUCGUUAUUUUGAUUGCUAUCGCAGCUCUUGGUGCCUUGAUUCUAGGCUGCUGGUGUUACCUGCGGCUGCAGAGAUUCAGCCAGUCUGAAGAUGAAGAAAGCAUCGUGGGCGAAGGAGAAACCAAAGAGCCCUUUCUUCUGGUGCAGUACUCUGCUAAAGGACCUUGCGUAGAGAGGAAAGCUAAGCUAACUCCAAAUGGCACAGAUGUACAUAGCUAACCUGGAGCAACACACAGACUACAGCUAUGAUGUGUGUAACCAGCAGAAUCUCUAUACUGUGAAGAACUUGGCCACAUGCACAAUAUGCAUCAGAAAACACGUUGGUGAGACUUUUAAGCAUAGUCUGCAACUGCACACACUGAGUAGUUGCUCUCUGCAUCAAUUGUAGAUACAUCUUCCUCCACAACAGGAGCUGACUCAUCUGGCAUGAAGUCCAUUGCUGGCAAUGGAUGCAAGGGUAUCUUGGUGCAAAGAAACUAACAGCACUUUUUUGUUACUUGAAUGUUCAGCUGAGCCUAUUUUGAUGGAACUACUACUGUAAUAUGAACUACUUACUUUACAGCUGUGAACUGUAAAUAGGCUGCCAGAAGCUUUUUGCUUUGCAUUCACAGCAUAUGAGAAUAGCAUAAUGCAACUGUACAUAACACAAGGGGAGGACACCUGAACCACAGCUGUAGAUGGGAAUCCUGAUCUUCAAAACCAGAUGUGUGGUUAAAACUUGCUUCUGCUAUUAAUUUCUGAGUGCACAGCCAAAAGUUCAAAACCCUACAAUAAUAUGCUGAGGAAAGAAACAUAGGAGCUUCACAAAAGGAAAUAACAUCCUUUAGUUGCAGCUAGGUAUGGGUUAAGCUUUUGGUUGCUAGAACAGACUUUGCAACUGCAAGGAAACUGCCAUUUUGAUGGAUUCUGACCUGGGAACUAAUGAUGGUCACCAAACCCUUGGGGUGGUCCAGAAGGUUUCCAGCAAUGUGAAAGUGGCAGUAGAGCAGGUUUUUUCUCUUCUGUGUAUCUGCAUGCUGAAACCACAGUAGUUUUUACUUAUUAAAACUAGCAUAAAUGCAACUAAUGAAUUUUUCCUAGGACCUCCAUGUAAUGAGCAGCUUGGGUAUAUGUAAUCAAGGUAUUAAUAGCUUGAUGUAAAAGGCAUUUUAGACUAAGACAAACAGCUACAGAAUUCAGUUCAUGUAUCUUGUAAAUGACUCUUAGUUUAACUCCACAAGAUAUGUUUCAGUCUCUUCUAUGAGAAAUGAUGCUGAUAGGGAGAAAGAUUUCUGGUUUGUUUGCAGUCUUCAAGCUAGCAACUGAAAGUACUAACAAGCAAGGAGAUGUUUGCAUUUCCUGUUCUAUGCUAUAGUUCAACUAUUGAAACUGUAAAAAGAUGUGUCAAAUAGGGAGUUCUAACCUCAAAUACUUGGGAAAGGGACAAAGCUAAGCAAUCAAGGCCUGCUUACCUACCCUAGAACCAUUAGGCUCUCAAGCAUCCUUGUGCCUAAUUUCAUUUUCAAACAGUUAACUGCCUAGGAUAAAAUAUACUACAAAUAAUCAAGUCCAACUUGUUUUUUGUUGUUGUCGUUUUUUUUAAGCUCACCAAGAAGUGAUUGUUGCUGCUUGUACAUGUGAAAUAACCAAGUAAAACUGACUUAGCGGGACAAUAAUGGCGUUGUCAGAAUAAAGUCUAGUCCCUUCCUUCCAGA